AUGUCUGAAGAAGGAUAUUCUCCUGUCCGUGAAGAUAUAGCAAAUCUAACCUGGCAUAAAAUGACACCUGAGGAGCUCUCAAAAAAUCUCCAGAGCGACUUAAAUGAAGGGCUUACUCAAGAAAAGGCACAACAAAAGCUAAAAAGUACAGGUAGAAACUGCUUAUAUGAAGACCAGUCUGCUUUUUAUAAAAUUCUAAAGCAUUUGUUUUCUCGUAUCACAGUUCCUCUAUAUAUACUAGCUUUCUUAUUCUACCUUGCUUAUAGGGAAGGGUUGAUCAAUUCUUUUUUAUAUCGCUCAUUGCCAUUAAUCGCAUUUGUUAUUUCGGUCAUCACUAUAAUAAAGAGUGAAAAUGCAGCAAAAGAGAUAAAGCUUGUAGAGAACCAAAUACCUCAAAAAUGUACAGUCAUAAGAGAAAAAAAGGAAAUGAUAAUUUCAAGAUAUGAAAUAGUUCCAGGAGACAUUAUUUUAGUGAAAAUAGGAGAAACUGUUCCAGCAGAUAUUAGAAUUUUAUCUGCAAAUGACUGCAAAAUCAAUAUUCAAUGCUUAACAGACUCUGAAACAAUUUUAGAGAGAUCAGAAAAGUGCACAAGCCAAGAGUUUCUUCAAUCACAAAAUAUCUCAUACUUUGGAUCACUUUGCGUUCAAGGGGAAUGCAAAGGAGUUGCCAUUACCACAGGACAAAAAACUUUAUUAUCAAGACUAGUACACUCUAAAUAA